CAUAAAGGUACUUUCAACUUGUCUUUGGUCUAUAUAACCAUUCACUGAUCCUCGUGGUAGGCUGAGCUUAUCUGACCUCAAUCACACUUACUUGAUCCGUCUUUCUUCUUCCCCUCUCUUCUCCAACUUACUACCACACACUCUUUUAUUUUCAACUCAACACAUACCAUACAGCCUCUCAUGCCAUUGACCAUCCUCUCCCACGGGCAGCUUAGCUCUUUGCUGCUGUCGCUGACCCGCGACGAAAUCACCUCUCUGCAGCAGAACCUUGCAGACGCCCUCCGUGAUUAUUCGACCGGUAGCCAGGAACAGGGCUGUGCCGCGUCCUAUCAACCCCGAAGAACUGCCAUCACUCGCCAGAAUGGCUGUACUACACUUUUUAUGCCGGCUAGUACCGGUCAGACAAUUGGAAUGAAGAUGAUCUCGCUGCAGGAUGGAGACAAGGCUGGCUGCGCCACGGAUUCUGGCUUUGAGAUCCCCGAGGGCGAAAAUGUAACCUUGCUGGAUGGGGACAGUUUGCCAUUUGGACUGCUUAAUGCACAUGAGCUGACGCCCUUCCGCACCGCGCUCGCUUCGACUAUGCUGUUCAAUAAACGCCAACGUGUGCGAACGGUGGUUGUUUUUGGAGCUGGUAAGCAGGCGUAUUGGCACAUUCGACUCGCCCUGACGCUGCGUGGACCCGAUAUUCAUAAAGUCUACAUCAUCAACCGCUCCUUUGAACGGGCGGCUGAACUACUCAAGGAUAUCUAUGCCGCUGAAAAUUCCAGCUGGCGCGGCGACGUCAAGUUCUCUGCCGUUAGCAGCGACUUUGUCGAAUACCCACGUCUCCUGAACCAUGCAAUCCACAAGGCCGACGCUAUCUUCUGCUGCACUCCUUCGAUCGAGCCGCUGUUCCCUGCGGAGCUCCUCACCUCGCGCGAAGGCCGACAGAAGGGCCGCCUGGUCAGCGCGAUCGGAUCAUACAAAUCGCACAUGACCGAGUUGCACCCGGAUAUCCUGCGCGACGAGGUCACUGUGCACUCUUCCCAUCGUCACUUCCACAAGCACACCAAGCGCAGUGGUGUCGUGGUUGUCGACAGUCUUGAUGGAGCCCUGAAGGAGGCGGGCGAGAUUAUCCAGGCGGGAGUCAAGCCGAGCCAGGUGGUCGAAUUGGGCGAGCUUCUAAUGGUACGAAAAGAGUCUCAGGCAGGGGACGACGACGAAGAUGCGAAGAGCCUGCGCGAGUGGGUGCAGCGGGGCAAUGUAAUCUUCAAAAGCGUGGGGUUGGGCUUGAUGGACUUGGUGACAGGAGGCGAUCUCGUUCGACUGGCAAGAGAAAGAAACGUCGGGACCACUGUGGAGGACUUUUAA